AUGGAUUAUCAGCCGGAUUAUGUGCACUGGUCACAAAAGAUCCAUUAUGGCAACGAACCAACUGCAGCGAGGCUCAUUCUGUUUUAUGCACCCAGCCAGGUGCACAGAAGGCAAUUGAAGAUCCUAAACUAUUGUGAUAGGGAGGAUGUCCAAAAGCUCUCUUGCGAGAUUUCAAAAACUGUGCUGCUGAUCAAGAAGGCAGAACUUGGCGCAGCUACUGACGGAAUGUGUUCAACGCCUGUCAUUAAAAAUAAAAACUGUUCUCAAUUGUACAUUUCUUCUAAACAUCACCUCCUCGCGGAAAUAAAGGCAAUGUGUGAAGGGAGACGUGAAUGCAAUAUAUCUGUAAAGUCAAUAACAAAUGAUCCAUGCCCGUUGGAGAGAAAACGCAUAAAUAUUGAGUAUAAAUGUUUGGUUCAGUCAAAAGGUUAUCCUGUGCUUGCAGAAAGAAAUUCCGCAUUCCGCCCAAGAGAAUGGAAGAAAUUUCGCGCAAGUUACUACAAAGCAGAUGCACGCAAAACCAUCUGGAAGGAAGCUAGAGCAAUCUGUGAAAUGGAAAGAGGAGCGACACUAGUUUCCAUUGAAGAUAAACAAGAAGAAAAUUAUGUGAUGAACCUUAUGAGUUCUAUUGGCCUGAAUGUUUCUCACAUUGGACUAACAGCAAAAGAAUACCCUGGAAAUUUCGAGUGGCUGGAUGGUAGCAAGAGUUCUUACAGGAAUUGGGUGAAUGACACCGUUAAGAGUUUUGCUGGUGAACCAAUUUUUGUUGCGGUUGGUUUUAAAGGUUGGCUUCAGUCAUUUGGAAAUUAUACAGCUGGUUUUAUUUGCAAAUAUACUCCAGGUGUUGGGGGUUGUGAUUUUGAAACUGGUUGGUGUGGCUGGAAGGAUACAUCAGCAGAAAGCUGUUGUCCCUGGAGCCGUUCAAAAGGCAUUGAUGACACAUCCACAAAAAGCACACUGUCCGGUGUCUACAAAACAGAGCAGACCUCAGACGUCUAUAUCUACCAGUUCCUAAAUGAGAAAAAAGGAAUCUUCUUUAAAAGUGGACAGACCGAAAGAAAUGAAUCGCCUGACGUUAUUCUUUUGUAUGGAGGUUUAACAGAUAUUGCUUUGUCAAGAGUAUCAAAAUUUUCCUCCGACGCACUUGAUACCGAUGAUAAUCAAGUAUUUUUAGGUCAAGAGACAAAAUGUUCAUUUGAAUGCAGCAAUGUUAAGCAUUUUUUUGGAAAGAUGACGAAACCUGUCAUGUGGUCAAAGAUAAUCGAUGCGCACGAAAUCUUGGCUCUUUCUUCCGGCUGCGGUAUAUUCCGAGAAGCUGGUGAUAUGGAGAUUUACAAAGACUCUGAACUAAACAAGCAUGCAAAACUAGUGGAUCAUGGUGAAUGCACUGCUGGGAAAGGUUAG